AAUGAAAUCGGCACGAACCGUUGACGGUACUGUCAUGAGAUCGCCAUGCUUUCUCAGGUGCGCAUCGUGCUUUUGGCAGCCGCGUUCGCUCAGUCCCUGGGACCAGCGGCAUCCAGCAAGGAUGGCUGCGCCCAGACCACAGUGGAAGAGCUUCGAGAGCGUCUGGGCCCGGCGUUCAACGCACGCUACAUGUCCAUAGACAAACCACCGAAGGACGAGGAUCCCAUACGCAUCUACGCCCGACACACGGAAUCCGUACUGCAGAACGACGGCCCUUACGCCGACAACGCGAAGCUCGACCAGCAGGCACACCCCAGCUUCCGCGUAGACCCCGACUUCGUUCAAGACGUGGUGUCCAGCGACGGUCACACAAGUGCGUACGACAUAUUCAGAGCGCGAAGGAAUCUGAAAGCUGUCGUCUACGGGAAGGCAAACGGAAAGCCGAGGAAGCACCGCAAGUCGUUGUCUUCGCUUCGAGAGGAGUUUCCCUGGGCAGGUCUCCGUGAACGUGAAGGAACGUCGGCAGCAGCAACAUCGCGACAAGGUAGCCAGCAUGAAAAUGUUCACCGCCAGCGCCGCCAUGACGACAACAAAAAACCCUGGGGUUGCGAAUCUCGCAUGGAGUGGCUCGACUUGGGCGAGGACCGCUUUCCGAGGUACCUGCGCACGGUGCGCUGCAAGGGCGAGGCGUGCUGGUUCACCCACUUCCAAUGCAAGGGCCGCGCAUUUACGGUCAAUGUGCUAAGGCGCGUGACCGCCCAGCCAGCGUGCGAAGGAGGACACGCAUCGGCAGAGAACUUGCCUCAAGACCUUCGCGAGAAGUGGAUCUUCGAAGAGCGGGCGGUGACGUUCUGCUGUGACUGCACCGCCGCAACAAGUGAAGAUUGACUUUUCGGCAGCGAGUGUGUGCGCGUGCGUUCUGAUCACAUGUCAUCAUUGUUUGAAAGCCACAACAUAACCAAUGUACUGACGCGGUGAUGUGCUCGUGCACUUCAUAAGUGAUACCAUGACCUCCAUAAAGUCUCCUCUCAAGGUGCGUUAAGAUCUAUCGUGUCCACGUUUUAUUGAUUGUGUGCACGUCGCCGAAAGCUAAAUGACCCGGACAGGCAGCGCUUGUCCAGUACACGACCAUCAAAGCCCACAUAACCCGCAACAGUCAGAAGUUCCUCUCAAGCGCGAGGGAGCAUGCUCAAGUCCUAAACUUAGUUCCUUCGGGAGUGUUUCUGCCUCUC